UGCCACCCCCCCGACAUGUGUUUGCCAGCCACAACAGUAGAGCCAUGACGGUUGGCCAGGAUGGUUCCAGGAGUGGAAAGUCUACUAUAUGUGAAGAGUUUGCACAGACUGGGGCAGUGUUGUUUGGAUGAGAGAUCUCAUUCUCAAAGGAGUUGCAGGCUGGAUGCUUCCUACUAUAUGUAGAAGAUGCAUAUUUCCCUCGGCUGAGGAGUCUAAGAAGCACAGUUUCAGAGAAAGUACGGGUUUGAGGCUCCCCUACCUUGAGGAAGAGACUGUGGACAUUCACCAUAUCUAUGACUUCAUGGGGCAUGGAAUCGGUGUUGAAGGUUUACAGGACAGCUUCCUCUUGCCUGUUCACCCCCAUGCUGCCGCGUCUGGUAGGUGUCAGCGUGAGAUUUGAGUGUGUAGGCUGCUGAUUCAGGACUCGGGGAGACUUACCCAGGCCAUUGUUCAAGUACUCCUCAUGCCUUGAAGAAAAUUUAUACUUCAGGAAAAGUGACCACUGACCAGAGGCUUCGAGUUAUGAGAAAAUGGCUGAAAGGACUGGCAUUAAAAAACGGUGGUUCCUGUGCAUCAUCCUCCUUGUCGUUUUAAGUUUAAUUUUGUACGUGACAAAUCAGUACAAGUUUCCGCAGCGUUUUCCCAACCAUAAGGCCCAGAACUUUGAGGUGACAAUGUUACAAGGGGCCAACUACCCAAACCUAGAGCCUGGAAUUAUGUUUGUGGAGACUUCUGAUACUUUGAUUCCAUCAGAGUUGACUAUGUGUGCCAUUGAAUCAGCUGCACUGGUAAACUCCAGAAAGCAAGUUUAUUACUUUAUAAAAGAAUUCACUGGUAAUAUUUCAGCACUUGAGCAGACUAAAUUUAAAGGCCUUCAUUUACUUUCUUCGAUCCAUAAUAUCACCUUGCUGCCCUUGGAUCUGGAGGACUUGUUCUACGGGACUCCUUUAUUUGACUGGUAUAAGAAGAUCGAUCCUGAGAAUGAGAAGUAUUGGAUACACGUGCUGUCUGAUGCUUGUAGGAUUGCGUUACUCUGGAAGUAUGGAGGCAUCUAUCUGGACACGGACAUCAUAUCAUUGAAGCCUUUGAAUUUUAUAAACUUCAUCUGUGAACAGUCAUAUAAUUAUGCCAAUGGGGCAGCUUUGGGAUUUAGCCGCAAUCAUCCAUUUACAAAGGAAUCAAUGUUUGAAUAUGUUGAAAAAUAUAUAGGGGGGAAAUGGGGGCAGCAAGGUCCUGACCUCAUUACCAGAAUGCUGAUGAAAUGGUGUGAAACUGAAGAAAUCAAUGACUUUCUUAACAAAACAUGCAAGGGAGUUACCUUUUAUCCCAAGGACUGGUUCUACCCAAUUCCUUAUUCUAGUUGGAAAAGCUAUUUUGAAAAUGAUAAAUGGGAAGAGAAUAACUCUGUUGAAGAUCAAUUCUCAGAGACUCGAGGAGUACACAUCUGGAAUUUUUUAAGUAAUGGAAACACAAGGUACAUAAAAGAUACCCAAUCAUAUAUGGAAUAUUUCUUCAAGAACUAUUGCCCCCGAACAUAUGAAACUCUCCAGCAAUGAUUUGACUACUUACUAUCUACUACUGAAGAAAUAAUUCAUUGACGGAUUACCGUUGGCUUCUGCUUGCUCAUGUUUUCUAAUGAUUCCACAACUUCCUGCUUUUUGUGCAGCUUCAGGGUACUGGUAAGAAUAGGAGACUAAAAAUGGUGUGCCACUGUAUAAUUCAACAUGUACUGAAUUUGAUAAGGAUGUUCUCAUGGAUCUUGGGAGUUGAUUUGAACGGGUCACUAGUUCCUCCUCAGUUCCAUGACUGUGGUGGGCUAAGCUUAUUUAUCCCAUAUUUCAUGUUUCCUUGUGUUGACUCCCACUAUUGCUGAUAUUUUCUUACCAGGACAGAAAUAGACUUUAUUUGUAAUUGUUGGGAGUUUACUUAUGGCAGUAAGUUUAAUUAAUUAACACCACACAUCCAUGGAAUAUUCAGUCAAUUUUUGCCACUUAAAAGAAAGAGUCUGCUGCUCUUUUCCAGCAAUCAAGCAAUGGUUACGAUUUGUUUUGGUUGGGUGGUAUUCUAGAUUCUGAUACAAAUCUACUGUUGUGCUAGACUGUUGUUGACUUGUGCAGUUAUUAUUAUUGAGUGGAUUCCUUCAGGUAAGGUUAUUUUGUUUUUAAACAUGAAUAUAAAAGAUUUUAAUAUUAAAUCUCUGGGACAAUUAAGUUUAAUGUUGGCAAUGCUAGUUGCCUGAAUAUUGCUGCUUGCCAAUAAUGAGAUUGCACUUGAUUAUACAAAGAAUACAAAUUGUUACUUUAGAUAAAAAUCGGAUUUAUGAUUUUCUGUACAGAAUUUCAGUAGACGAUCCUGAAUGGUGAAAUAAGGGAAGGUGUUGCACUAUUACUACCUGUUGACCAGCUGGAGAACUUUUCAAUUGUGCCUAAUUAUGUAAAUAAAUUUAUGCAACUAUUGCUUUGACUUUUUAA